AAAGGCGCAGUCGCCGCGCUGGUCGAGUUGGGCGCGCGCCGCCCCGAGUGGCUCCGCGCUUCGAUGCUUUUCCUCUUCGCCUACACGUUUCUGUUGAGGGUUCCCAGCGAGGCGUUGCCGGCCGUGCGCGUGGCCGACGCCGGCGACGCGCCAUGCCUUCAGGCGGCGCUCGUGCUUGGCGAAGCGGAGCUCACGCUGCUGCUGCGGCGGCGGAAAAACCGGGCGCAGGGCAGUCGCCUGACGCGGAGGUGCCGGUGCGCAUCGUGCCGCGCCACGUGCCCCGUGCACACCCUGGGCCCCUGGGUGGCGCGAUGCGGCCUGGGCCGCGGGCUCUUCGGGGGCAUCUCGGCGGCUGCUGCGCUGCGGACCCUGCGCGAGAUGCUCGCUGCCCUCGGUGUCCAGGGGGCAGACCUGUUUCGGUCGCGUGACCUCCGCAGGGGCCACGCCGAGGACCUGCAGGCGCACAUGCUGGAGUCUGAUUCGGACGAGGAUGCCAGUUCGGCGCCGGCGGCGGCAGCAGGCGGGGUCGAGGCCCUGCGCGCGCGGCUCGAUUUGUGGUAG